AUGUCCCAAUCAGAGGCUGGCCCUUCUCGCCAUCGUCGCAAGUAUGCGGCUCGAGCAUGCAAUGCUUGUCGACGUCGAAAAUGCAAGUGCGAUGGUAUUCAACCUGUCUGUCAACCAUGUAUAACAUCUGGACACGAGUGCACAUGGAAAGCCGAUGGCGAAGAGAGCAACCGUCCUGCCACCAAACAAUAUAUAGAAGUUCUGCGCACCAAGAUAGAAAAUCUGGAGGCCCAGUUAGCUCACUUUAGACAAGCAGACAGCACAGGUCCGAACUCUAUGACCUCUCCUACACACGAUGGGACUUUGUCCCUGGGUGUGAUAGGUUUGCCCACCAGCUCAUCCGGAAGUACUCCACAGCUUGGCACUCUCAACAUGCGUGAUGAGCACUACCCAGCUCAAUCUCUUGACCCGCCUAGCAAAAACAGUACAAGAUGGUCAGCUUUGGGCCUUUUGAUUCAACCUCCACACCAAAACCUACCGGCGUCUCCCGAUUUACUUACAUCUGACCUCAAUGACCCAUUACCUCCAAGCGUGUACCAGUAUAUCUUCAACAUUGACUCUUCUGUUGGCCCGGACGAACAAUUGCCGGAGCAACGACAGUCGCUCCAAUGCCAAUGGAAUCGCUACCUCCCAGGAUCUGAUAGUGUCAAUCUGACGAGACAUGAACACGAUACGCUUCUGUAUCGCUGUUUCAAUUAUGGCGCUGCAUGGCUUUUUGGUCUGCUCCCUAGCUUAUUCUUACGCGAUAUGCUCAUAUGUCUGAGCCCCAACUCUUUUUGCGUGCCUGGUCAGCUGCAGCAUUACAGCCCACUCUUGCAUUGCUCCAUUUUGACAUUUGCCUCUUCUUUUUCUGACGACGCCAACAUUCGAUCCAAGGACAUCCGAGGGCGGUUAGCGAGACACACUAAACAAUGGCUGGAUGAGGAAUUCAGCUACUUUAAUCCCAGCUUGAUGUUCUCGUUGAUUCUACUUUCCGAACAUCACAUCGGGAUCGGAGAAAAUAACACAGGAUACAUGUAUAUGGGAAUGGCUAUGCGCGCUUCUCGAGCCCAAAAGCUCAUGGCACACGAGAUGCAACGACCUAGCGAGAUGCCAAUACCAGUGGUACCUAUAGUACCUCCGGUAUGUAUCGAACUCAGUGGGAGGUCUACAACUGGAGAUACUAUAGAAGACAUGUUUUCGGACUCUGACUACAUGGGGAUUGCAAUCCACUGCUACAUACAGAAUGCUAAACUCAUUUUGAUCUCCAGUAACAUUCCGAAUGCGCUGCAGAGCGGCCGCUCGCCUAUUGAUGUACACCUUCAACUCGAUACCUGGUUCAAUUCAGUUCCCAAUAACCUCCUAGUCCGACAGCGGUCGACAUUAACCCAGCCACCGAUCCUAGCCCUGCACAUCCGAUACUGGUGGUCGAUUCUCGAUCUCCAUCUACCGCAUAUCGAUAUAUCGGAUCAUGGGACGAGCCAAUCUCUGAAAAUGUGCACUCGAGCGGCUGAGAAGCUUGUACGACUCUUUGGAUCGUAUGAGACCCAAUUUGGGUUCCGCUACUAUCCUCAUAAUUUACUCCAGGUCGGUAAAGAUUUCCUGGAACGUUCGAGGCUAGGGACUGAAUGA